UAAACGCCCUUUUCCAUGAGGCCGGACACAGAGAGGGUGAGGCGAGCGGUGAGAGCAUCUCAGUCCCAGCAGCUCCAUCUGGCCGCUACUGCAGGGGCUGCACACCGCACCAACAUGCAGCCAGCACUGCUCGGCACGCUCGUGCUUCUGCUAACUUUUUGCACUCUGCGCUGCAACUGCCAAGGUUCAGGGUGUGAGACGGGCCAGUUCCGCUGUGGGACAGGCAGGUGUAUCCCAGCAGGUUGGCACUGUGACGGUACUGCAGAUUGCACAGAUGACUCAGAUGAGAGCGGCUGUCCCCAAUCGACCUGCGAGGCGGGUCAGUUCCAGUGUCUGAGUGACGGCGAGUGCAUUCCAGAACUCUGGCUGUGCGAUGAUGAAGAGGACUGUGAAGAUGGCUCCGAUGAGAGACAGCACUGCCCUGGAAGAACUUGCUCCAGCUCACAGUUCACCUGCACUAAUGGGGCCUGCAUCCCAGGGGAGUACAGGUGUGACCAUCUACCUGACUGCUCGGAUGGGGCGGAUGAGAGAAACUGCCACUACCCCGAGUGCUCUGAGCUGAGGUGUGCUAACGGGGCAUGCUACAACAGGAGCCAGCACUGUGACCAGGUGCUCAACUGCCGAGACGGCUCUGAUGAAGCCAACUGCACUCAGCGAUGCAGUAGUGGCCAGUUCCAGUGCAGUAAUGGGGAAUGUGUCCCGCGUGGGUACGUCUGUGACCAUGAUGAUGACUGUGGAGACAGAAGUGAUGAACAGAACUGCACUUAUCCUACAUGUAGAGGGACAUACUUCACCUGUCCCAGUGGUCGCUGUAUACACCAGGUCUGGUUGUGUGACGGAGAAGAUGACUGUGGAGACAAUGCUGAUGAGAGAGGCUGUGAUAAUGUCCAGCGCGAGUGUUUCCCGGGUGAAUGGCCGUGUCCCUCAUCGGGUGUUUGCAUCCCCAUGGAGCAUCUCUGUGAUGGGACGCCUCACUGUCCUGAUGGGGAAGACGAGAACAACUCGACUGCUGGACGCAACUGCAGUAUCUGGCGCUGUGCGUCUUUGAGCUGUGAGCAUCGUUGUCAGAUGUCUCCUGAAGGCGGAACCUGCUCAUGUCCGUCUGGCUACGUGGUCAGCAGCAACAACAGCCGCUCGUGUAUUGACUAUGAUGAAUGCCAGUUGUGGGGUGUGUGUGAUCAGCUCUGUGAGGAUCGGAUAGGUACUCAUCGAUGCAGCUGUCAGGAGGGAUACGUGUUGGAGCAGCACAGAUACUGCAGAGCCAAUACAUCCUCUGGAGUGGCGUCGUUGCUCUUCUCAAAUGGAAGAGACUUGCUGAUCGGAAAUAUCCAUGGCCAAAACUCCCGCAUCCUGGUUCACUCUGAGAACAGGGGCGUGGCGGUGGGAGUGGACUUCCACUACCAGUUACAGAGGGUCUUCUGGACUGACACAAUUCAAAACAAGGUGUUUUCGGUAGACAUGGAUGGGUCGCAUUUACAGGUGAUCCUCAACGUAUCAGUGGACUAUCCUGAGAACCUGGCUGUGGACUGGGUGAACAAUAAACUUUAUGUGGUGGAGGCCAGUGUCAACCGAAUUGACAUGGUGGACUUUGAUGGGAACAAUCGUGUCACGCUCAUCGCAGAGAACUUGGGAAACCCAAGAGGGCUGGCCCUAGACCCAACAGUUGGGUAUCUUUUCUUCUCCGACUGGGACACGCUAAAUGGGGAGCCUGGUCUGGAGAGGGCCUACAUGGAUGGAACCAACCGUUACGGUAUUAUUAGGUCCAAACUGGGCUGGCCUGCUGGGAUUACUCUUGACAUCGACGCCAAGAGGGUGUACUGGGUGGACAGUCGCUAUGAUUAUAUAGAAACCGCCACAUAUGAUGGUCUACACAGGAAAACAGUUGUGCAUGGGGGCUCAGUGAUCCCUCACCCCUUUGGCAUCAGUUUGUUUGAGCACUCUGUGUACUACACUGACUGGACCAAGAUGGCCGUCAUGAAAGCCAACAAGUUCAGUGACAGCAGCCCGCAAGUGCUCUAUUCAACAAGUCAGACUCCUCAUGGUGUGGCUGUAGUUCAUGCCUUCAGGCAGCCCUAUGUAAGUAAUCCAUGCGGGAUGGACAAAGGAGGCUGUGAGCAAAUCUGUGUAUUAAGCCAUAGGACUGAUAAUGGUGGGCUGGGAUAUCGCUGCAGAUGUCGCAUGGGUUAUGAUCUACACCCUGAUGGCAAAAGAUGUGUGGCUGUGAGGCAGUUCCUGCUCUUCUCCAGUCAGCUGGCAGUGAGAGGAAUCCCCUUUAACCUCUCCUCUCAGGAGGACAUUAUUCUACCUGUCACUGGCACCCCCUCAUACUUUGUUGGAGUGGACUUCAGUGCAGAGGACAAUUCUAUCUUUUUCUCAGACACGGCCAAGGACAUUAUUUACAAACAGAAAGUGGAUGGAACAGAAAGGGAGAUACUUGCAGCCAAUCGGGUGGAAGGUGUUGAGGACUUGGCUUAUGACUGGAUAUCAAAGAACCUUUACUGGACAGACCCCCGCUACAGGAGUAUAUCAGUCAUGAAGGUGGCAGACAAGUCCAGGAGAGCCAUUGUACGCAAUCUGAACAACCCUAGAUCUAUAGUUGUGCAUCCAGUGGUGGGUUUCAUUUUCUGGACUGACUGGUACCGUCCAGCAAAGAUUAUGCGCUCUUGGUGCGAUGGUUCCCAUGCUCAGUCGAUUGUAAACACCACUCUUGGCUGGCCGAAUGGCCUCGCUAUUGACUGGAGUUCCAUGCGCCUGUAUUGGGUGGAUGCCUUCUUUGAUAAGAUUGAACACAGUACAUUUGAUGGCCAGAACAGACUGUCAUUGGACCGAAUCACACAAAUUUCCCAUCCGUUUGGUCUUACUAUUUUUGGUGGUUAUGCAUAUUUCACUGACUGGCGUCUUGGAGGAAUCGUCCGCGUUCGGAAAACGGACGGUGGAGAGAUGGUGGUUAUUCGACGAGGGAUUAGCCAUAUUAUGCAUGUCAAAUCUUUCAACGCUGAGUUGCAGAUUGGUUCAAACUUCUGUAACAGGCCAUCAAACCCCAAUGGGGACUGCAGUCACUUCUGUUUCCCUGCACCGUACUCUCAGCGUGUGUGCGGCUGCCCGUACGGAAUGAAAUUGGCUCCGAAUCAGCAGACAUGCCUCGAGGAUCCAUCCAAUGAGCCCCCAACUUUGCAGUGCGGCUCCAACUCUUUCUCCUGCUCUAAUGGAAAAUGCGUUCCUCAGAGCUACCGAUGUGAUGGUGUGGAUGAUUGCCAUGACAACAGUGAUGAAGCCAGUUGUGGAGCUAACAACAGCACCUGCUCCUCUACUGCCUUCACCUGUGCCAAUCAGCGCUGUGUGCCCAGAAACUGGCGCUGUGAUGGCCACAAUGACUGUUUUGAUGGCAGUGAUGAGAGAGAAUGUCCUACUCAGACCCCGGGCACUUGCCAGGCUGACCAGUUCAGCUGCGCCAACCACCGCUGCAUCCCGCGCACCUGGCUCUGUGACACUGAUAACGACUGCGGCGACGGCUCUGAUGAAACCAAUUGUGAUUCCAUAGGGACCUGCCAUCCAGGUCAGUUCCAGUGCCCUGAUCACCGCUGUAUUGACCCAGCCUAUGUGUGUGAUGGAGACAGAGACUGUGUGGACGGGGCAGAUGAACAAGACUGCAUUUACAACUGCACUGGCUAUGAGUUCAAGUGUGCCAAUGGACACCAGUGCAUCAACUCCUUCUACCGCUGUGAUGGAGUUUUUGACUGCAACGAUCGUUCAGAUGAGACUGGCUGCCCCACUAGGCCUCCAGGCAUGUGCCACCAUGAGAGUGAGUUCCAGUGCCAGUCGGAUGGCAGCUGUAUACCUGCAGCGUGGGAGUGUGACGGCCACCCUGACUGUGAGGAUGGUUCGGAUGAGCACCAUGCCUGCCCCCCGCGUACCUGCCCCACCUCGCUCUUCCGCUGCGACAAUGGCAACUGUGUGUUCCGCAGUUGGCUGUGUGAUGGUGACAAUGACUGUCGGGACGGUAGUGAUGAACGAGACUGUCCCACUCCGCCGUUCCGCUGCCCCAGCUGGCAGUGGCAGUGUCCCGGUCACAGUGUGUGCGUCAAUCUCAGCAGAGUGUGUGAUAAUACACCAGACUGCCCAAACGGAGCGGAUGAGUCGCCACUCUGCAACCAGGAGAGCUGUUCAGACAGCAAUGCAGGCUGUACUCAUGGCUGUAUCCAGGGUCCUUUUGGGGCUCAAUGCACUUGUCCCAUUGGUUAUCAGCUAAGCAAUGACACAAAGACAUGUGAAGAUAUAAACGAGUGUGAUCCGCAUGGCCUGUGCAGUCAGCACUGUUUCAAUGAGAGAGGCUCCUUCCGUUGCCACUGCCAGGAUGGAUACACACUCGAGACGGAUGGACGUACCUGCAAAGCUUCAGGAUCUCGAGAAGCAGUUCUGCUGGUGGCCAGUCGUAAUCAGAUCAUAUCUGAUGACAUCGCCGCGCAGCCAAAUGUGGUGCGCUCCCUUGUGCGUGAUGGCAGGAACAUUGUGGCGGUGGAUUUUGACUCAGUGGCGGACCGCGUGUACUGGUCUGAUACAACCCAGGACAGAAUAUGGAGUGCGCAUAAGAAUGGCAGUGACCGGACUGUGAUUUUUGACAGUGGUGUGACAGUCACUGAGAGUCUUGCAGUUGACUGGGUAGGUAGAAACCUGUACUGGACAGACUAUGUUCUGGAAACCGUAGAGGUGGCCAAACUGGACGGUUCCCAUAGAACAGUACUGGUUAGUCAGAAUGUCUCCAAUCCCAGAGGCCUUGUGCUGGAUCCCAGAAACGGUGUUCACCUUAUGUUUUGGACGGACUGGGGAAGAAACCCGCGCAUUGAGAAAGCCAGCAUGGAUGGCAAGCAAAGAACCACUAUCAUCAGCAGCAAGCUGUACUGGCCCAACGGCCUGACGAUAGACUAUCCCAACAGCCUGCUCUACUUUGCUGAUGCAUACCUGGAUUUCAUAGACUACUGUGAUUACAAUGGAAACAAUCGCAAACAGGUUCUGGCCAGCGAUUUGGUACUACAACACCCCCACGCAAUUACCAUUUUUGAGGAUUUUGUGUAUUGGACCGACAGAUAUGUCAGUCGGGUGAUCCGGGCCAACAAGUGGCACGGAGAGAACCAGACGGUGAUGCUGUACAACCUGCCCCAGCCCAUGGGCUUGGUGGCAAUGCAUCCGGCCAGACAACCAACAGGUGAUAACCUGUGUGCUGGGAGCCCCUGCACCCACAUCUGCCUGCUCUCUGCAGUCGGCCCCAGGUUUUACUCAUGUGCCUGUCCCUCGGGGUGGACACUGGCCGCAGAUCAGCUUACCUGUACUAGAGUGGAUGAUCCCUUCCUGGUGGUUGUGAGAGACAGCAUCAUUUAUGGCAUUUCCCUCAACCCAGAGGAUACAACCAACGAUGCCAUGGUACCUGUUGCUGGGCUCCAAAACGGAUACGAUGUGGACUUUGAUGAUGCCGAGCAAAUGAUUUACUGGGUUGAACAUCCUGGUGAAAUUCACAGGGUGAGAUCAGAUGGCACUAACAGAACUGAGUUCGCUCCAGCAGCUAUUCUAGGCUCUCCAGUGGGAUUGGCUCUUGAUUGGAUGUCUCAAAACCUGUAUUACACCAACCCUUCCACACAGUCUAUUGAGGUAUUGAGACUGAAAGGUGAAGUGCAGUACAGGAAGACUCUCCUCACUAACAAUGGUACCCCAACUGGUGCAGGCUCCCCUGUUGGCAUCGCAGUGGACCCAGCACGUGGGAAGAUGUACUGGACAGAUCAGGGGACAGAAAGUGGCGUUCCAGCAAAGGUGGCAAGUGCAGACAUGGAUGGGUCUAACUCAGUUGUCCUCUACACCAACAACCUGGAUCACGUGGAGUUUAUUACCAUCGAUAUUAAAGAGAACAAACUGUACUGGGCUGUCACUGGAUCUGGAGUGAUUGAGAGAGGAGAUCCAAACGGUUCCAACCGCAUCACUGUGGUCGCUGGCUUGUCCCACCCGUGGGGUAUAGCUGUGCACGGAGACUUCCUUUACUUUACCGAUCGAGACUUUGAGGUGAUAGAACGUGUGGAUAAAGCCACAGGAGCCAACAAAGUGGUGCUGAGGGACAACGUAGCAGGUCUCAGAGUACUCAAGGUGCACUACAGAGAGACCUCAGCUGGGUCCUCUAAUGGCUGUAGCAAUAAUGUGGGCACAUGUGAGCAGCUGUGUCUUCCUCGUCCUGGAGGUUUGUUCUCCUGUGCUUGUGCUACUGGCUUCAAACUCAAACCUGAUAACAGAACCUGUGCUCCAUACCAGUCCUACGUGGUCAUCUCUAUGCUGACAGCCAUCAAGGGAUUCAGUCUGGAGGGAGCUGAUCAUUCUGAGGCCAUGGUGCCUGUGGCAGGGAGAGGUCGUAAUGUGCUACAUGUUGAUGUACACAUGGACUCUGGCUUCCUGUACUGGUGUGACUUCAGCAGCACAAUAGCCUCUCAGAACGGAAUCCGUCGGAUCAAGCCAGACGGAUCUGGGUUCCGCAGCAUCGUUUCUUCUGGGAUCGGGCGUAAUGGAAUCCGAGGGAUUGCUGUGGAUUGGGCAGCAGGGAACCUCUACUUCACAAAUGCCUUCUUGACCGAGACCUACAUUGAAGUGAUUCGAAUUAACACCACGUAUCGCAGGGUCCUCCUUAAGACCCAGGUGGACAUGCCACGUCACAUUGUGGUAGACCCCAAAAACAGAUACCUCUUCUGGGCUGACUACGGGCAAAACCCCAAGAUUGAGCGCUCUUUUCUGGAUGGUAGCAACCGGACUGUACUGGUCUCUUCAGGAAUCAUCACACCUCGAGGACUUGCUCUGGACCACAGGAACGGGUACAUCUACUGGGUGGAUGAUUCACUGGACAUGAUCGCCCGCGUUCGGCCUGAGGGCGGCGAGACGGAGAUUGUGCGGUUUGGGAGCCGGUACCCGACCCCAUAUGGCAUCACUGUGUUUGAGAAUAACAUCAUCUGGGUGGAUAGGAACUUGAAGAAAGUAUUCCAGGCCAGUAAAGAACCUGGAGGUUCAGACCAACCAACAGUGAUCCGAGAUAACGUGAACAUGCUGCGAGACGUUACCAUCUUUGACCAGAGAAUGCAGCCCAGAUCAGCACAGGAGCUCAAUAACAACCCUUGCAUGGAGUCUAACGGAGGCUGCGCUCAUUUAUGCUUUGCUCUGCCAGGCACUCAAACCAGGAAGUGUGCCUGUUCCUUUGGGAACCUGGCAGUGGAUGGCAUGAGCUGUGUAGUGUCCCGGGAUGAUUACCUCAUAUACACCACAGAGAGUACAGUUCGUUCUCUAAGGCUGGACCCGGAGGACCACUCAUUGCCCUUUUCUGUGGUCAAUGUGGCCCGCACCUCUGUUGCUCUGGACUAUGACAAGCUGGACAACAGGAUCUAUUUCACUCAGAGCUCUGGAGCGGGACAGAGUAAAAUAAGCUACAUUAGCCUGUCAUCUCCCACAUCAUCUGCUACUGUUGUCGCUUCAGAUUUGGGUGCCCCGGACGGUAUUGCGUAUGACUGGAUCAAUAAAAGGAUUUAUUACAGUGACUAUAUUAAUCAGACCAUCAGCUCCAUGGCUGUGGAUGGGUCUCAGAGGACUCUUAUAGCACAUGUACCUAGACCACGAGCCAUCAUGCUGGACCCAUGCAGUGGGUACAUGUACUGGACUGAUUGGAGCACCAGUGCUAAGAUUGAGCGCGCAACUCUGGGUGGAAAUUUCCGGACCGAGAUUGUUAACACCAGUCUAGUCUGGCCAAAUGGCCUCACCUUGGACUAUGAUGAACAGAGACUCUACUGGGCAGAUGCUAGCCUACAGAAGAUUGAACGUUGUUCUCUAACGGGGGCUAAUCGUGAGGUCAUUGUGAGUACAGCCAUCUACCCAUUUGCAAUGACUGUGUAUGGACAGCACAUCUUUUGGACAGACUGGAACACGCGCAGCAUCUAUAGAGCAAACAAGCACGAUGGCUCGGACCAGCGGGUCAUGCUCCAGAACCUUCCGUCUCGGCCGAUGGACAUCCACGUUGUGUCCAACAGUAAACAGCAGCAAUGCGAGAGCCCCUGUCAACAGUUCAAUGGAGGCUGUAGUCAUAUCUGCACACCAGGUCCCCAAGGUGCAGAGUGUCAGUGUCCCUCUGAGGGUCGCUGGUACCUGGCUGACAACAAAUACUGCAUCCCUGACAAUGGAACCCGCUGCCAGCCCGGCCAGUUCACCUGUAUGAAUGGGCACUGCAUCCGUGCACAGUGGAAGUGUGACAAUGACGAUGACUGUGGAGAUGGCAGUGAUGAGCUGGAGAGAGUGUGUGGAUCCAAGAAUGAUUUCGCUUUUGUCCCACAAGUGGCGGCGUUUAUUUCCUUAUCAGCGUUUCACACGUGUGAACCCACGGUGUUCACCUGUGGAAACGGCAGGUGUGUGCCAUACCACUACCGCUGUGAUCACUAUAACGACUGUGGGGAUAAUAGUGAUGAGGAAGGCUGUGUGUUCCGGCCGUGCGACCCGGACACGGAGUUCACCUGCAACAACGGCCGCUGCAUUGCGCGCGAGUACGUGUGCAACGGCUUCAAUAACUGUUACGACAAUGGAACUUCGGAUGAACAGAACUGCCCUGAGAGGACGUGCCAACCAGAACACACCAAAUGCCAGUCCACCAAUAUCUGCAUCCCACGCUCUUACCUGUGUGAUGGAGAUAACGAUUGUGGAGACAUGAGUGAUGAGAGCCCCACCCACUGCGCUUCGUCUACAUGUUCCCAGAAUGAAUUCCGUUGCACGAGUGGGCGCUGUAUUCCUGCACACUGGUACUGUGAUGAGGGCACUGACUGUGCAGAUGGUUCAGAUGAACCCUCCACCUGCACCACCAUGGUGAGGACCUGUAACUCGGACCAGUUUCGCUGUGAUGAUGGCAGGUGCAUUGCGUCCUCCUGGAUUUGCGAUGGAGACAACGACUGUGGGGAUAUGAGUGAUGAGGACCAGAGGCACAACUGCGCUAACCGGACUUGCUCUUCACUGGAGUUCACCUGUGUGAAUAAUCAGCCCCCGCAGCGGAAGUGUAUCCCCCGAGACUGGGUGUGUGAUGGAGAUGCAGACUGCUCUGAUGCGUAUGAUGAACACCAGAACUGCACCCGCAGAUCCUGCUCGGCCAACGAGUUCACCUGUAGCAAUGGACUCUGCAUCCGCAGCUCCUACAGGUGUGACCGGCGUAACGACUGUGGAGACAGCAGUGAUGAGCAGGGCUGCACCUAUCAGUCGUGUCAGCAGCACCAGUUCACUUGUCAGAAUGGCCGCUGUAUCUCGAGUGACUUUGUGUGUGAUGGAGAUAAUGACUGCGGUGAUGAGUCGGACGAACUGGACCACCUAUGCCGGACCCCGGCCCCUACCUGCCCUCCUGGCAACUAUAGGUGUGAGAAUGGAAACUGUGUGCCAGCCAGCCAGGUCUGUGACCACAGCGAUGACUGCAAUGACAACAGUGAUGAGAAAGGCUGCGGAAUUAAUGAAUGUACAGACCCCUCCAUGCACCACUGUGACCACGAGUGCACAGACACGCCGACCAGCUUCAUCUGCACCUGUCGCCCCGGAUACCGCCUUAUGUCAGACAACAGGACAUGUGAUGACGUGAACGAGUGCAGGGACACUCCUAGUGUCUGCAGUCAGAUCUGUGAGAACACGGCGGGCUCGUAUGUGUGUAAAUGCUCUCCAGGAUUCCUGCGGGAGCCAGAUGGCCACAGUUGCCGACAGAACAGCAACAUCAGCCCCUACCUGAUCUUCAGCAACCGCUACUACCUGCGUAACCUGUCCACAGACGGCGAGGCCUACUCACUCAUUCUGCAGGGGCUGACCAGCGUGGUAGCUCUGGACUUCGACCGCGUAGACAAGAGGCUGUAUUGGAUCGAUGUGAGCCGCCGGGUGGUGGAGAGGAUGUUCUUUAAUGGAACAGGCAGGGAGGUUGUGGUGAACGGGAUCCUGCAUGGUGAAGGCCUGGCUGUGGACUGGGUGGGCCGGAAGCUAUACUGGGUGGACAGCUUUCUGGACUGCAUGAAAGUGUCUGAGUUGGAUGGACGCUUUGUGAGGAAACUGGCUGAUCACUGUGUGGAUGCUAACAACUCCUACUGCUUUCAGAAUCCAAGAGCCAUAGUGGUGCAUCCGAAGUUUGGAUAUGUUUACUGGACCGACUGGGGAGAUCGAGCUUUCAUAGGUCGUGUUGGGAUGGAUGGUGGCAACAAAUCUGCCAUCAUCACCACCAAGAUUGAGUGGCCCAAUGGCCUGACUAUAGACUACACCAAUGACAUGCUCUACUGGUCUGAUGCACACUUAAACUACAUUGAGUACUCUGACUUAGACGGCCUUCACCGCCACACUGUGUAUGACGGUGUGCUCCCUCACCCAUUUGCAUUAACUGUGUUUGAGGACAGUGUGUAUUGGACGGACUGGAACACCCGCACAGUGGAGAAAGGCAAUAAGUACGAUGGCUCCGGGCGCCAAGCUCUUGUCAACACCACCCACAGACCCUUCGACAUCCACGUGUGUCACCCCUACCGCCAGCCCAUAGUAACCAAUCCCUGUGCACUGAACAAUGGUGGAUGUUCACACCUGUGUCUGCUGAAAGCUGGAGGUCAGGGCUACACCUGUGAAUGCCCUGAUCACUUCCUGACCGUGCAGAUACUGGGUGUGGCCCGCUGUCUGCCCAUGUGCUCCAGCACACAGUACAGAUGUGCAGAUAAUGAACGCUGUAUCCCCAUCUGGUGGAAGUGUGAUGGUCAGCAUGAUUGCAGAGAUGGUUCUGAUGAGCCCUCAACAUGCCCUCUACGCCACUGCAGACUGGGCCAGUUCCAGUGUAAUGAUGGGAACUGCACCAGCCCACAUUUCCUAUGUAACUCUAACCAGGACUGCCCUGAUGGGUCUGACGAGGACACUGUGCUGUGUGCCACGCACCAGUGUGAGGCACAUCAGUGGCAGUGCAAUAAUAAGCGCUGUAUCCCAGAAGCCUGGCAGUGUGACGGGGAGAAUGACUGUGGAGACAACUCAGACGAGGACCCCUCACACUGUUCCAGCAGGACCUGCCGCCCCGGCCAGUUUAAAUGCAGUAAUGGCCGCUGCAUCCCACAGAGCUGGAAAUGUGAUGUGGAUGAUGACUGCGGAGACAACUCUGAUGAACCCAUUGACGAAUGCAUGGGUCCAGCAUAUCGAUGUGACAACCACACAGAGUUUGACUGCGUUACCAACUACCGCUGUGUUCCUCUAUGGGCUCUGUGCAAUGGACACAACGACUGUAGGGAUAACAGUGAUGAGCAGAACUGUGAGGAGUUAACCUGUGACCCCGCUGGAGAUUUCCGCUGUGAUAACCACCAGUGUAUCCCCCUGCGCUGGAAAUGUGACGGAGACAACGACUGUGGGGACGGGUCAGAUGAACGGAACUGCAGCCCUCGAGCAUGCACAGAAAGCGAGUAUCGCUGUGACAACCUGCACUGCAUUCCUGACCGCUGGGUGUGUGACCAUGACAACGACUGUGAGGAUAACUCGGAUGAAAGGGACUGUGAGUUACGGACCUGCCAUCCAGGAUAUUUCCAGUGUGACAGUGGACACUGUGUUGCUGAGCGCUUCAAGUGUGACGGCAAUGCGGACUGCUUGGACUUUACAGAUGAAAUGUCAUGCCCAACCCGGUACCCCAACGGCACAUACUGUCCUCCCUUCCUCUUUGAGUGUAAGAACCAUGUGUGUGUCCAGCAGCACUGGAGGUGUGAUGGAGACGAUGACUGUGGAGAUGGAUCAGAUGAGGAGCUGCAUCUCUGCUUGGAUAUCUCCUGUGAACCUCCAUUCCGGUUCCGCUGUGACAACAACCGCUGUAUCUACAGCCAUGAGCUCUGCAACUCAGUGAACGACUGUGGGGACGGAACAGAUGAAAAGGAGGAACACUGUGUGACCCCGACUCACGGGCCUUGCUCUCCUGACGAGUAUAAGUGUGGGAACGGCCAGUGCAUUCCUCUGCAGUACGCCUGUGAUGAUUACGAUGACUGUGGAGACCAGACUGAUGAAUUGGGAUGCAAUAAUGGCGGUGAUCGGUCCUGCAGUGAGAAUCUAUGUGAACAUAACUGUACUGGGCUGACUGGUGGAGGCUUUAUCUGCUCCUGCAGGCCGGGCUAUAAACCCAGUGAUGAGAACAGGAACUCCUGUGAGGAUGUGAACGAGUGUGAUGUCUAUGGCACUUGUCCGCAGUUGUGCAGGAACACUAAGGGCAGUUAUGAGUGUUCCUGUGCUGAGGGUUUCCGCUCUGUUGGUCUGCAGCAGGGAAUGGAGUGUGCUGCUGAUGGCAAUCCUCCAGUGCUGCUUUUGCCCGAUAAUGUUCGUAUCCGUCGCUACAAUCUGUCAUCUGAGCAGUACUUGGACUAUGUGGAUGACGCAGAGCACAUUCAGGCUUUGGAUUAUCUCUGGGACCCAGAGAACCAAGGACUAAGUAUUGUGUACUGGACAGUUUUGGGUCGAGGUGCUCAGUUUGGCUCAAUAAAAAGAGCAUAUAUGACCACUUUUGACGACCAUGGCAGUAACCCAGUGAAAGAAGUAGAUCUGAAUCUCAGAUACAUCUCCAGCCCUGACGGCAUUGCUGUGGACUGGGUCGGCCGACAUAUUUACUGGACAGACGCAGGCACCAAUCGUAUUGAAGUGGCCAAGCUGGAUGGGCGGUACAGAAAGUGGCUGAUCCAUUCAGAUCUCGAUCAGCCUGCUGCAAUUGUUGUCAGCCCAGCUAAUGGUAUGAUGUACUGGACUGACUGGGGCAGAAGCCCUAAGAUUGAGGCAGCAUGGAUGGAUGGGCAACACAGACAGGUGCUGCUAGAUGAAGAUCUGGGCUGGCCCACAGGACUGGCUCUUGAUUAUCUUAAUGAAAACAGAAUUUACUGGUGUGACUCCAAAGAGAACAUUAUUGAGUCAAUGAAGGCGGAUGGAACCGACAGGAAGAUCAUCAUGUCAGGAGAUAUUGGGAACCCCUACAGUCUGGAUUUGUUUGAGGGCCAUGUCUACUGGACAACAAAGGCCAAGGGUGAGGUGUGGAAGACUAACAAGUUCGGUAAAGGGGAUAAAGUGAAGGUGCUGACCAUAAACCCCUGGCUGACGCAAGUUCGCAUUUAUCAGGAGCACAGACACAACCACUCAGUAAUAAACCCCUGCAAAGAUGUAUGCAGUCACUUGUGUCUGCUGCGACCUGGUGGAUACACCUGUGCAUGUCCACAAGGUUCCACACUGCUCAGCUUCAACCAGAAUGAGUGUGAUGCAGCCAUAGAGACAGAGGUAGCCAUGCCACUUGCAUGCAGAUGCAUGAAUGGUGGAACGUGCUACACCGACGAAGGGGGCCUUCCCAAAUGCAAGUGUCCAUAUGGCUAUUCAGGAAGCUUCUGCGAAAUGGGAAAGUCUAGAGGAGCCCCUGCUGGAACCGCAGUGGCUGUGCUGUUGGCAGUGAUUAUUAUUCUGCUCACUGGUGCUCUAGCUGUUGGUCUUUUCCUCAACUACAAACGCACUGGCUCAGUGAUUCCAUCCAUGCCCAAAUUACCCAGCCUGAGCAGUCUGGUCAAGUCAGGUGAUACAGGAAAUGGAGUGUCUUUCCGCUCGGGUGACAAUGUCACCAUGGACAUGGACCCUCAGACUCUCGGAGUGUCCUUCAUCGACAGAGCCAUGCAGCUGGAUGAGAACUUUGCAGAAGCUGGUCAGCAGCCCGUCACUUUUGAGAAUCCUCUUUACUCAACUGCAACAGGAGCAUCUGGUGAUCCUGCAGUCAUACAUGCUUCACAGGUUACUGUGAACGUCAGUGGUGAUCAGAUAGAAAACAACUUUGCCAACCCCAUGUACCACGCGCAGCAGCAGGCAGUGGAGGUGAAAAGUAUUCCAAUAGGCCCAAAGACCACACCAGAGUCCAAAUGGAGUUUUUUCAAAAGAAAACUAAAACCAAGCACAACAUUUGAAAACCCAACAUACUCAGAGAUGGAGGAUAAGCAGACUGUUAAAAGUGCAGAGGACAGUUCAUCCAGCCAGCCAUCUCCCUUUGUACCGCCUCCCAAGUCCACAAAGCGGGAGAAACCCAGCAUGUACUCCCCAACAGAGGACACCUUCCGAGACACAGCCAACCUAGUCAAAGAGGACAGUGACAUAUAAGUGUGUUCCGUUUGUCUCUCUAACUUUUAUUCACACACAAGGGGAAAAACACAAAGAUAAACUAUCCCUUUUUGCACAGAAUCUAUUUUUAUAUGCAGCCUGUGUACAAAAAAGAAAUUUAAGAUUAUUUUGAAAAGAGACUAGAUGUUUGUAUAACCCAAAAAAGAGACUAUUAAAAAAAAACAAAAAAAAACUCUAUUAAGACUUAUGCCUUCUGCUGUUUCUAAUGCCAAUUCAUGUUUUAUGAUUUUUUUACUGUGAUGUACUAUAUGUAUAUCUUUGCACUGAUGCUGCUGAUGGUGAAUGUUAUGAAUAUGCUGUAUAUUUGUAAAUUUUAAAGAUUUUUUUUUUGGUAAUUUCCUCUGGUAAUAGAUUAUUCUUUUUUUGUUCUUAGAGAUACGGUACUUAAAACAUGUGAGAGACAACAUGGUGAAAUAUGAGAAAAACACACUAAGGUGUAACUUCUUGAUGCCAUGCCGUGCUACUUCUUUGUGCUUAAAUUUAAAUCAAGAAUUGCCACUGGAAUUAAUCAUGUGCAUCUCAUCUUGCAUAUUUAUAUACCUCAUCUGUGGACUGACCAAGGCAAUAACAGAGCAGAUUACUGUUUGGUCUACUGUUCACAAUCAGUUCCUCAGCAGUACAUUUCCUUCAUAUUAAAUAUAUGUCAAUAUUAUAGAAUGUUAUCAUUUGUUCAGUUUAUGAACUGCGAAAGACUACUGUUACCUGUAUUAAGCUGCUUGCCUUAUUUGCAGGUAUGCUUUUAGAAUAAAGCAAAAUGAUUGACACAGUUUCAAGAAAAAUUCCAAGAAAAAUCACAUCUGUGGGGCCUCAUAAUCAUAAUCAAACCAGUGUUGCAUUUUUCGAUUGAUCAUUUUGUUAUAGUAGAUGAAUGCUGAAAUGUGAGGGUAGCAUUCCUGUAGCAUUUGGACUGGAAUCCUGUCAUUUAAGAGAAAGGGACUGAUAGCAAAACAGUCUGAUUUAGUACAAAAAACUCCUAUUUGCCCAAAACACAGGGCAGAAAUACAGAUGUCAGAUAUUUUAAUGAAAGUAGUGACACCACAUAAAAAUGGCCUAUAUUUAGAAUUUUCAUUGAUACUUGAAAUAUUUUUAUUAUUAUUUUUAUUUGUGAAUUGAAGUCAGCUGUAUGAUAUAUCUCCCUCCUGUUGUUGAGCUGAGACAUUUCACUGGACUGGGUGUAGAUGCAGUACAGGUAAAGUAUCUAUUCAUAUUUACUGUUGGUUCAGCCCUAUUAUUUUCACUGCAGGUUAACUUAAUGAAGUACACAAUGAGUAAAAUCUAUGUUCUUGAAUGAUUUUGUAUGUUAAUGAAAAACGAAAAAUGACCACAAUGUAUUGAGAAAAAGGAAAUGGAAAAUAAAUUGACAAAAGCUGCUGACAACAAAAAUCAAAGAAAUGUCUUGUUUUAUAA